CGAGGUGCGCAGCAGCGAGGCUCGCUUCGCGCGCCUGGGGGAGGACCUGGCGCAGGCAGAGAAGGACAGGGAGGCCCUGCAGAAGGAGCUGGAGUCGACGAGUGACGAGGCGGCAGCCAGGCAGGCCGAGGUAUCCAGGCUGCGGGGCGAGGCCAGCGACAUGAAGAGCGAGAUCAAGGCGAUGACCUCUGCCAUCGAGGACCUGAAGCAGGAGCUGGAGGACAAGAAGGCCUCCGUCGCGCGGCUGGAGGUGGAGGCCGCCAGGGCCAAGGAGGAGAUGGCGCCCAAGAUGGCAGAGCUGGAAAGCGUGACCUCCCAGCUCGCCGAGUUGGAGGCAGAUGCUCAGGCGGCAUCGCUUGCCGAUCAGAAGCGGGCGACCGAGCUGGAAAUCGCUCUUGGACGCAUCGAUUCGCUGACGCAGCAAAAGGAAGCGCUCGCCUCCCAGCGCGAAGAGCUCCAGGUCUCCAUCGAAGAGGCUCGGCUGGCCAUCACGGACCUGCCAAAGGAGCUCGAGAACAUCACCGAGUCCGUGGACAAGCUCAGAGCGGAGGCCUCUGAGCUGCAGGUCGCUCUUGGGCCCAAGGCCAAGGAGCUCGAGGCCAUCCAGGAGGCGAGGCAGGUGGCGUCGGACGAGGUGGCGGAGCUCCGCAAGAGGCAGCAGGAGAUGAAGGCCCAGUCAGACGCGAUGCAGCUCGAGGCGGACAACCUCAAGCGCGACUACGCGAGCCUCGAGGCCGAGAUCGUCUCGCUGAAGGAAAGGAAGGAGAAUGCGGAGCUCGAGAGGGACAAGCUCAUGCAGCUGGUCCCGAAGAUCCUGACGAGCCGGAACUCCAUGCUCAACGACGUCGCGUCCGCGGUCGAGGAGGCGAAGGUGAUGCGGGAGGAGCUCAUCUCGCAGGCGAAGUCGACCCAGGAGCGCCUCAGCGCCAUCUCCCUCGAGUCGGCGCUCGCCGAGAAGGAGAAGAUCCUGCAGAGCACCGCGGCGGAGAUCGGCCUGGCCGCCCAGGCCUCCAACGAGGGCCUGCGCCGGGCGACAGCGGCGCUCCAGACGGCCGCGAGCGCCCGCGAGCGCGCCGAGGCCGACUUCGCGCGGCUGCAGGACGCCAUGCGGUCGCGCCUCGUCGCCCUGCGCGCGCAGGAGGACGCCCUGAGGGCCACCACGGCGGAGCACCAGGGCGUGGAGGACGAGGUGCAGUCCCUCAUCGAGGGGACGGCGCAGCAGGUGGAGCAGUUCCGCAACGCGCGGGCCUCCGUGGCGAAGUUCCAGAAGCGGAUCCGCCGGAUCUCCGGCGAGCUCGAGGUCGCGAGCGCGGACGACGGCGUCACUCCGGCGGGUGGGGCCCAGGAGCCAGAGGAUCCAGCCGUCAAGGCCGCGUCUGCCGCCUUUGGCCUCUUCGGCUCGCUGCUGAAGGCCGGGGCCGAGGGCCUGCGCGAGUCCGCCGAGAAGGCCAGCAGGAAGAAGCUGCCCGGUCCGAAGGAGUGACUUUCGGCGCUGGCAGGUCCUGCAGGACUGGCUUCUCUUCGCAGGCGCUAGGUUGCCCGACUCCUUGUCCUAUUUCAACAGGUUUUCAUACGUAGACUCCGCAUGGAGUAAUUCGAAGGUGAGGGAUACGUCUUUGCCGCUGCAGUCCGACGUUCUGUCAUGAUGGGCUCCUCUGCCGCUGAUGUUCUGCGCGGCACGGCCACGGACGAGCGUGGCUCAGAUGGCGUAGAGGGGGAGGGCACGAGAAGGGGGUGAAGUCACCUAGGCGGCGGGCCUAUCCCCAGCACAGGCAGCGGGCGGCGUGCUGCUGCCACGGCCGGCGGAGCCAACGAAGCAAACG